AUGUCUGUGAUCAGCGCCCUGCCGUUCCUCAAGCCCAUUCACUUCAGGACUCUGCAGAGCUCUCCCGGGCGCCAGCGCCGACACACUCUUCCCGCCAGUGAGUUUCGGUGCCUCACGCCCGAAGAUGCCAUCAGCGUGUUUGAAAUAGAGAGAGAAGCGUUUAUUUCAGUCUCGGGAGACUGCCCCCUCCACCUGGAUGAGAUUCGCCACUUUCUGAACCUGUGUCCAGAGCUGUCGCUUGGCUGGUUUGAAGAAGGGCGACUAGUGGCUUUCAUUAUUGGUUCUCUCUGGGAUCAGGAAAGACUCAGCCAGGAUGCUCUAACUCUACACAAGCCUCAUGGCUCCACAGUCCACAUCCACGUUUUGGCAGUGCAUCGUACCUUCCGCCAGCAAGGCAAAGGCUUCAUCUUAAUGUGGCGCUACCUACAGUACCUGUGCUGCCUGCCCUAUGUUCGGCGAGCUACACUGAUGUGUGAGGACUUCCUCAUCCCUUUCUAUGCUAAAUGUGGUUUCAAGGCGUUAGGCCCAUGCGCUGUCACUGUAGGCGUUCUGACUUUCAUUGAGAUGCAAUAUGCCAUUCAUGGCCAUGCAUUAAUGCGCAGGAACAGUGGCUGCUGAGGUCAUGCCUCAUUUUCCCACACUUUCCAGCUUGUGGCGUUGCUGACUGGCAGGCUCUUUUCCAGUGGUACCCAAGUCUUCAAGUGGA